GCCACUGCUGGAGGCAAACUGCAACAAGCCUGUGUGAGUGCUCAGGAGAAAAAGGCUGCCAAAGAGCAAAGAAUCAGGAGACCCAUGAAUGCUUUCAUGGUUUGGGCCAAAGUAGAGCGCAAAAAAUUGGCUGAUGAAAACCCUGAUUUGCACAAUGCUGAUCUCAGCAAAAUGCUUGGGCUUUCUGAUAAGGGAAUGGUUAACGACUGGGACUCGGGCCGUGGAGAAUCGCGUAUAAUGGCAGCGUUGCCAACGGGGAAAGGGCCGGACUUGUUUGCCCACCGGGUCGAAGCCGGGCGGGUUCUUUUUAUAUUCUUUAUUUUUCUUCCACCUUCAGGAAAAAAGUGGAAGAGCUUGACCCACCAAGAAAGGCGGCCAUUUGUAGAGGAAGCAGAGAGGUUGAGAGUACUGCACAUGCAGCGACAUCCCAACUACAAAUACAGACCAAGGAGGAAGAAGAAUGGAAAGAGGGCGCCACCUGGUUCAACCCCUGCUGCUCCUGCUGCCACAGCGACACCUAGGCAGAAGCUGAGUGGGGAUACCAAGCGUGGACACUGUAAACAGCCUUCACUAAGUGCCCAGUGCCACAGUGGCACUAUGGCAUGGACCACUGCUGGUCUGGUGCCUACUCCUGAGUCCUCUCCUCUGGGUGAUGAAUUUGUUAGGUGGAAACCACAGUUCAAACAAGUGACUGGCAAGUAUGCAUUUGAGACAUACGAGUUUCAGCAACAAAAUGACGGCAGUCCUAAACCAUCUCAGCAUCAGCAACAAGAACCCUUUGGGUUGCCAACACCAGAAAUGUCAAAGGAAAAACUGCUUGCAGAGCUGGUCUUCGUUGUUUUACUGCCGUCAGGAUUUGGUAGAGUCGUAGUCGUUGUUCUUGGGAAACCCAACGGUUGUGGUCUUUACAGUCCUAUGGAUGGUUACCCCGCACCAGGGUCGUGGCCUGGGGUGGACUUUGCGAGUGGCACCUGGCGGCCACCUCAGCAACACCAUCGGGUUCAGUUGUCCAGUGAUGAUCAACAGAUGUCGCGCGAAUUCAGUGACUUUGAUAGAUUUGUUGCUCCAUCUGAGGAUCAGCAGGAUUGCAAGCCUACUGAUGAGGCUAUUUCUGGUUUCCAACAAGACGAUGACCUCAUGUCAGGAACAAGAAUUGGCAUGGAUUGCUGGAAUGUGGGUUUCAGUCAGCAGCAGCAGUCCUCCUCCCCCAGCUACCAGACCAGGUACAGGGAAGGCAGUUGCAACCUGUCCCCAUCAGGGGCCUCACCAUCUGGACAACUCCACCACAGCAGCAACAUGGUGUAUGACUGUGUGUCCAGCAUCAAUAACUCAAUACCCACUCAGCAACCAGGGCAUCUGAGGGUCACAGAGCAGCCUGCAGCUUUGUCACCCAGGUUCUCAGUGGAGCCUGUGAACAUGGGAUCCUCCUGCAAUGGGAUCCUCCAGCAGGUGUCAGGGUCCAGUGACAUCUCUGACACUCUUGCCAAUGCCAGGAGCCAAAUGUACUGUCUGUACACUGAUGCCUGAGGGAAACUUUAAAAACAGAACAGGAAAUAAAUAAAACAAAAAUGGGUUUGGAAGGGUGUGUGACAAGGAGGGGGAAAACUUUUUUUGUGGUGUUCUUUGCCCCCUAUUUUUGUUGGGUGUUUUACUUUUUUUGUUUUGUUUUUGUUUUUCUCUUUCUAUGCCUCCUGGGAUGAACUUCCCAGAGAGUGAGACCAACCAAAUAUGUAAUCCCAACAGCUUAGUGCAUUUUACUCAACUCUCAAGAACGCACACUGGUUAUUCUGAUGCUUGCCUUUUUUUGGAAAAUCUAUAGAUUUUAGUGACAUAUGUUGUGGGGCCAUGGAGCAGCAUUGUUCUUUUUUUUUAGACCAUGUGUACAGGGUGAUGUUAGUCCCCUUCCAAAACAAAAACAAAAAAGGGAGCCCACAGGGUUUGAUUUUUUUCAAGAGCUUCAAAAGGGUUGAUGAACUGAAGUGGGUGCAGACUAGCAAGUGAUAUUUUCCCAGGCUGGGGACAACGCAUUUGGGUCCAUGAAUAAAGAGAAGGAUUUACUUGU